UUUUUUUUUUUCGUUUAUAGUUUGCUAAUUGCAGCUCAAUUAGUCAAAGUGAAUUCACCAAAUUUAACCAAUAUUGAUUCUUCAACUUAUUGUGGACCAAAUGAUCCUGGUUUACUUUAUAUACAUUGCUCAUCAGCUAAUCCAAGUCCAUCUGUUAGAAUUAGAAGGCCAACAACCCCAAGUGGCAUUCCUCCUGUCAUUGUUGGUAAACAUUAUAUACUUUGAUAAAAGAAUGUAAUCAUAUAUGAUAACUUAUAUUUUCCCCCUUACAGUGACGGGAGUUAAAAAAGAAGGACAAUUGCCAAAAAUAAGUGAUGAAAGGCCCGAUCAGUCAGUGAAAAUAAUUGUUUUAGAUCUUCGAUUAAAUAAUAACAGUCCUAAUAAUAAUAAUAAUAAUAAUAAUAAUAAUAAUCAACAGUUGAAUCAAAAUAUACCAGCUUCUAAAUUCAAGAGAAUGCCAAAAGAGAUUUGGGACAAUGUAUUUCAGAUACGCAGAGUAUUUAAACCAAAUCAACGUACUGAAUGCCCUAUACAACCAAUACCUAGUUCAACUAUUGAUAUCUAUACAAAUAUCUUACCUCAGCAGCUGCAGCAAAACAAUCCUUACCAGAAUGUAUUUCACCAUCCCGGAUUUAUGUAUCCUCACUAUCCUACCACCGUUGCUACUAAUGGAAUAAUAGGGCCCCCUUCACCUCUGAUGUUUGGUCAUCCAAACUAUAUGAAUGUACUUGCUGCAACUCAAUCUAUUGUAAAUGCUGCUGCUGCUGCUUAUAAUAAUAUGGCUCAACAACAAAGGAUAUUAUCCCCACAGCCAACGCUUAUGACUCCUCAAUUCUCUUCUCCUCCUCCCCCUCCUCCUCCU